CUGUCAGUUACGGGGGUGGCCCGGCGGGCGGGCAGGCGCUCGCUGACUCCCUGGCUAGCUCGCUCUCCCUCUCGCCUUCUGUGGGGACGUCGGGGCCGCCCUUUCGGCCGCCGCCACUUCGCUUCCACCUCUUGCCCUACUCCCCUUCCGGCCUAGUCUCUCCGCACGCGCACCCCCGAUUAGAGUGACCCCGCGUGGGGGCCGGUGGGUCCGGAGAGUCACCGCGGCGGCGCCGGGUGGUGGUUAAACCAUGUUUAGGAGGAUUUUGCAGAGGACUCCUGGGAGAGUGGGUUCUCAAGGUUCUGAUUUAGAUUCAUCAGGAACUCCUAUAAAUACUGUGGAUGUCAAUAAUGAAAGCUCUUCAGAGGGUUUUAUAUGCCCCCAGUGUAUGAAAUCUCUGGGCUCUGCUGAUGAACUUUUCAAACACUAUGAGGCAGUUCAUGAUGCUGGUAAUGAUUCAAGUCAUGGAGGAGAGGCUACUCUUGCUCUGAAGCGAGAUGAUAUAACACUACUCAGACAAGAGGUCCAAGACCUACAAGCUUCACUUAAGGAAGAAAAAUGGUACUCGGAAGAAUUAAAGAAAGAAUUAGAAAAAUAUCAGCGAUUGCAGCAGCAAGAGUCAAAACCUGAUGGAUUGGUGGCAGAUUCAUCAGCAGAACUACAGUCUUUGGAGCAACAAUUAGAAGAAGCCCAAACAGAAAAUUUUAAUAUCAAGCAAAUGAAAGACUUAUUUGAACAGAAAGCAGCCCAACUUGCUACUGAAAUUGCAGAUAUAAAGUCAAAAUAUGAUGAAGAAAGAAGUCUCCGAGAAGCUGCUGAACAGAGAGUGGCACAUGUAACCGAAGAAUUGAAUAGAGAGACUAGUAUAAUUCAAGAUCUGAAGACUGAGUUGCUUCAAAGACCUGGCAUUGAAGAUGUUGCUGUACUGAAGAGAGAAUUAGUCCAAGUUCAGACACUAAUGGACAAUAUGACCUUGGAACGUGAGAGAGAAUCUGAAAAACUGAAAGAUGAGUGCAAAAGAUUACAAGCAGAAUAUGCUAACUCAGAGGCCACAAUAAGUCAGCUAAGAAGCGAAAUUGCCAAAGGUCCCCAGGAAGUUGCUGUGUAUGUACAAGAAGUACAAAAACUUAAAAGUUCAGUUAAUGAAUUAACACAAAACAAUCAGAAUUUGACUGAAAAAUUACUGAAGAAAGAACUUGACUACACACAAUUGGAGGAGAAAUAUAAUGAAGAAUCUGUGAGUAAAAAGAAUGUACAGGCAAGCCUUCAUCAAAAAGAUCUAGAUUGCCAGCAGCUUCAGUCAAGAUUAUCUGUCUCUGAAACUUCACUACAGAGAAUACAGGCUGAACUUGGAGAAAAAGGAGAAGCUACCCAAAAACUUAAAGAAGAAUUAUCAGAAGUCGAGACCAAGUACCAGCAUCUGAAGGCAGAGUUUAAACAGCUCCAACAGCAGAGAGAAGAAAAGGAGCAGCACGGGCUACAACUGCAGAGUGAGAUUAAUCAAUUACACAGCAAACUUCUGGAGGCAGAACGCCAACUAGGGGAAGCUCACGGUCGGCUGAAGGAGCAGAGACAGCUUUCAAGUGAAAAAUUGAUGGAUAAAGAACAACAAGUGGCAGAUUUGCAGCUGAAACUUUCUCGUCUAGAAGAACAGUUGAAGGAAAAAGUUACAAAUUUCACAGAAUUACAGCAUCAGCUAGAGAAAACAAAGCAACAGCAUCAAGAACAACAAGCUCUUCAACAAAAUACUACUGCAAAACUCCGGGAAGCCCAGAAUGAUUUGGAACAAGUGCUACGUCAGAUUGGCGAUAAGGACCAAAAGAUCCAGAAUCUUGAAGCUUUAUUACAAAAGAGUAAAGAGAAUAUUUCCUUACUAGAAAAAGAAAGAGAAGAUCUUUAUGCAAAAAUUCAGGCUGGUGAAGGAGAGACGGCUGUUCUUAACCAGUUACAAGAAAAAAACCAUACAUUACAGGAACAAGUAACUCAGCUAACUGAGAAGCUGAAGAAUCAGUCAGAAAGUCAUAAACAAGCCCAAGAAGAUUUACAUGACCAGGUGCAGGAACAGAAGGCCCAUCUGAGGGCCGCACAAGACCGUGUCCUUUCCCUCGAAACCAGUGUCAAUGAAUUAAGUAGCCAAUUAAAUGAAAGUAAAGAAAAGGUCUCCCAGCUCGACAUACAGAUUAAAGCAAAAACAGAAUUAUUACUGUCAGCAGAAGCAGCAAAAACUGCUCAAAGAGCAGAUCUCCAGAAUCAUUUGGAUACAGCCCAAAAUGCUUUACAAGAUAAACAGCAGGAGCUAAAUAAAAUCACUACUCAAUUGGAUCAAACUACUGCAAAGUUGCAGGAGAAACAAGAACAAUGCAGUCAGUUGGAAAGUCAUCUUAAAGAAUAUAAAGAGAAGUAUUUCUCUUUAGAACAGAAAACUGAAGAGCUAGAAGGUCAAAUUAAGAAGCUGGAAGCUGAUAUUGUUGAACUUAAAGCAAGCAAGGAGCAAACUAUGCAGGAUCUACAGCAGCAAAGACGGCUGAAUGCAGAUUUAGAGCUCAGAGCCACAGAAUUGAGUAAACAACUUGAAAUGGAGAAAGAAAUUGUAUCUGGUACAAAAUUGGAUCUACAGAAAAAAUCUGAAGCCUUUGAAAAUAUUAAGCAAAUGCUUACCAAGCAAGAAGAAGAAAAAGGAAUCCUUAAACAAGAAAUUGAAAAGUUAAAUGAAGAUACAAAGAUGCAGCACACAGAAUUGAAUCAUAAAAUUCAGGCAGGAGCAACAGAACUACAAAAAGUGAAGAUGGAGAAAGAAAAUCUAAUAACAGAACUGUCUACAACAAAGGAGAAGUUAUCGAAAGUUUCUGAUUCCUUGAAAGAUUCCAAAAAUGAACUUGAAAAGGAAAAUCAAAAAGGGAAAGCUGCUCUGUUAGAAUUGGAAAAAUCUUGCAAAGAGUUGAAACAUCAACUUCAAGUACAGACAGAAAGCACAGUUAAAGAACAAACUGAACUGAAAAAGUCACUGGAAAAAGAGAAGGAGAUGUCUCGCCAAUUGAAGGUGGAGCUUGAGUCAAUGCUAGGCCAAGUUGUACAAGCUCAAAAUACUUUAAAACAAAAAGAAAAAGAAGAGCAACAACUUCAAGGCAACAUAAAUGAGCUAAAGCAAUUGACUGAACAGAAGAGGAAGCAAAUGGAAGCUCUUCAAGGCGAAAUCAAGAUUGCUGUUUCACAGAAGGCAGAGCUUGAGAAUAAACUACAACGGCAGGUAAAACAGGCAGCACAGGAGCUCACAGAAGAGAAAGAAAAAAUGUCAGUGUUACAAAACAGCUAUGAAAAAAGUCAGGAAAAUCUGAAACAGCUUCAAUCAGAUUUCUAUGGGAAGGAAUCUGAGCUUCUUGCCACAAGGCAGGAUCUUAAGACUGUAGAGGAGAAGCUUUCUCUAGCACAAGAGGACUUGAUUUCAAACAGAAAUCAAAUUGGAAGUCAAAAUAAAUUGAUUCAAGAACUGAAGACUGCCAAGGCUACUUUGGAGCAGGAUUCAGCUAAGAAGGAACAGCUAUUGAAGGAGCAGUGUAAAACACUACAAGAUGUUCAAAAAGAGAAGUCACUGAGAGAAAAAGAACUAGUAAAUGAAAAAUCUAAAUUGGUAGAGGUAGAAGAAAUAAAGUGUAGACAGGAAAAAGAAAUUACUAAACUAAGUGAAGAACUUAAGUCUCACAAGCAAGAAAGCAUAAAGGAAAUAACAAAUCUCAAGGAUGCCAAACAGCUUUUAAGUCAGCAGAAAUUAGAGCUUCAAGGCAAAGUAGAUGCGCUGAAGGCUACUCUUGAACAGGAGAAGAAAAGCCAGCAAGUGCUAAAAGAGCAGGUGAAAAAGGAAGAGGAUGAGCUGAAGAAAGAAUUCACUGAGAAGGAAGCCAGACUGCAUUCUGAAAUCAAAGAAAAAGAGUCAGGAAUCAAGAAACAUGAAGAAAAUGAGAUUAAAUUUACCAUGCAGAUUACUGCAUUAAAUGAGAACUUAGGGACCGUAAAGAAAGAGUGGCAGUCCAGUCAACGGAGAGUCGGCGAGCUUGAGAAGCAGACAGAUGACCUGCGGGGUGAAAUCGCAGUGUUGGAGGCAACGGUACAGAAUAAUCAAGACGAAAGGAGAGCACUCCUAGAAAGAUGUCUUAAAGGUGAAGGUGAAAUAGAAAAGCUUCAGUCCAAAGUAGUAGAGUUGCAGAGAAAGCUGGAUAACACAACUGCAGCAGUGCAGGAGCUGGGCAGAGAAAAUCAGUCCCUUCAGAUCAAACAGACACAAGCAUUGAAUAGAAAAUGGGCUGAAGACAAUGAAGUACAAAACUGUAUGGCUUGUGGGAAAGGCUUUUCGGUAACAGUGAGACGGCAUCACUGUAGACAAUGUGGAAAUAUCUUCUGUGCCGAGUGUUCAGCCAAAAAUGCCUUAACUCCUUCUUCCAAGAAGCCUGUUCGCGUCUGUGAUGCAUGUUUCAAUGACUUGCAAGGAUAAUGGAUUAUAACAGCAUCAGUAAUAUUACACUAAUAAUAGAUAUUUUAAUAAAUGCACCUAAUAGAGUACUCAGACUGCUACUUGAUUUGGACAGUGUUUGCAAUACCAGACCAAAUUAGAAUCCAUAUAUUUUGAAAUGUUACCAGUAUGAAGUAAAUCUCUUCUAUUUUUGUGAAACUUGGGCUCAUCUUUCAUUACUUCUUUUCAUUUAACCCCCAGAAGAGCUUUCAUGCCAAGUUUAGAGUUAGCUGAUGAAUGUAAAUAAACUUUGGACAGAAAAUAGCAAUGUAUUUUUUUAAAUAUAAGUUCCUUGUUCAUAAAUAACAUGAAUAUAAUUCCAUAGCUUACUUCUUUGUCCAAAUUUAAGGAAAUUAUUGUAUUUGAAUGGUGUUAUCACUUCUGUUUGUUGCACAGUAACACAUUAUUAUAUAAAAUAUUCUCUUUAUGAAGU